AUGACCAUCUCGAAGAUCCCAAUAUGGUUGGACUGUGACCCCGGCCACGAUGAUGCCAUAGCAUUGUUGCUGGCAUGCUUCCACCCUAGAUUCCAACUCUUGGGGGUCUCCACGUGUUACGGUAACUCUUCCCCUAAACACACAAGCUACAACGCCAGGUCGUUACUGACUGCCAUGGGCCAGAUCUUGGAGGUGCCCAUUUACGAUGGGGCCCAAACACCGUGGUUGAGAGAGGGGUUCAAGUACGCGCCUGACAUUCACGGCGAGUCUGGUCUCGAUGGGACGGAUCUGCUCCCCACCCCGCUGGUCGGACCGAGAACGGACAUGAGUUACCUGGAUGCCAUGGAACUCGCAAUCAGAGAGUAUCCAAACGACGUCACUCUCGUAUCCACUGGUGCCCUCACCUCUGUGGCAACUUUAUUCAGGGAUAGGCCCUCGUUGAAGGGAGCCGUCAAAUACAUUAGUAUCAUGGGGGGUGCGUUUUCGGGUGUCGGUAACAAAAACUUCAACAACUCUGCAGAGUUUAACGUAUGGCUAGAUCCGCACGCUGCUGACUUCCUGCUGAGAGACCCGCUCGUGAAGGAUAAAUGUAUAUUAACCCCACUCAAUUUGACACACAAAGCCAUCAUGACAGAACAAAUUAACAAACUGGUUAGGGGCACUCAUCAUAAUAACCUGAGAUUGCUGUACUAUCAGCUGUUUGAGUUCUUCAAAAAGACUUAUAAAGACGUACAAGGGUUCCAGGACGGCCCCCCAUUGCACGAUCCGAUGACUUUGUUCCCAUUGUUACAAUUUUACAAUGCAGAUGAUGCAGAGGCCAUCGGAUUCAAGUUCAAAAGAUUGGAUAUUGGUGUGGUCACAGAUUUAGAGGACCUGGACGCCGGAAAAACGUUUGUUUUGAAGGAGCACGCCGUUGAUGGAGAGCAAGGAACUAUAGUAGGUACUGAUAUAAACUUGAAGGUUUUUUGGGAACAAAUCUUGCACUGCUUAGAUAAAGCUGAAAGGUUUUCUACAAUUGAGGAGGUGGAGGAGUCUAAACCCUUGACUUAA